CAUUUUAAACCCCUCUCAGCCGUUCGAUCAGUACCAAAUGCUAUGGCCAAAACCGCCGCAACCUCUCGCUUCCUCCUCUUCUUCUUCCUCCUCUUCCUGACGACCGCGCCAAAACCCUCGCACUCUCUCGUCUACUCACAGUACCGAACCUUCGUAUCCCUCGCCCAAUCUCUCACGACACGCGUGGCCAACCUGCGUGCCUCCCGGGGAGACUUUACGGGCUCGCGUCGGGCCAAGGACAUCGCCGAACAGCUCGAGCGCGGUCUGGGGCUGGGGUUAUGGGGGUUCACGUGGUCGGUGGGCUGGGACUACGUUAAGAACUACGCAUGGAGGGAAGUUAGCUAUGACGAUCUGUACGGAGCCAUUACGGACGCGAACGAGCUGCUGAGACGCCUGGGGGAGUUGACCCGGACGGACUCGGGGGCGGAUAGUGCGGAAUGGGUCGGGCGGAAUUACCAAAACGUCCUAGGCAUCUCUAGCUCCCUCUUGAAAAGGCUUCUCAACGUGUUUCGUCAAUCGAGGACGUGGUCGGUGGGCUGGGACUACGUUAAGAACUAUUACGCAUGGAGGGAAGUUAGCUAUGAUGAUCUGUACGGAUCUGUCAAGGACGCGAACGAGCUGCUGAGACGCCUGGGGGAGUUGACCCGGACGGACUCGGGGGCUGAUAGGGCGAAAUGGGUCGGGCGGAAUGACCAAAACAUCCUAGGCAUCUCUGGCUCCCGGUUGAAAAUGCUUCUCAACGUGUUUCGUCAAUCGGGGACGUUGAGGAAAGUGGUGGAGACGGUGGAGAGGGAGAUAGUGGAUGGAGAGUUCCUGAAGGACUGCCUGGAAGUGGGUACCAAUGACUUGGAGGGUUUGCUUCAAAUAUUCUCAGACUUGGCUUUACAAUUCCAUUCCUCAGCCUCCGGUAAUGAUGGGCGAGUUCUAUGACAAACCCACUCCCAUGGUUUUUUAUUUAUUUAUUAAUUUAAUUGCACUUUAAUAGUGAAUAGUAGUUUUCAGUCGAUUAAUAGUGGAUGUAUAGAUCAGUGAAAUGUUAGCAAUCAAUACUAUACAAGGAGGACAGAUGCUUCAGUACAUAAAUUGAGGCGUGAAACGAGUAGAUAGUGUUGAUACCAAUAGAUCAAUGUAGCAAGAAAUCUCAAUAGCAUCUCAGAGCAAUGGAUUAUGCAAAUGCAAAGUCAUAAUUUACAUCA